AUGACAGGCACUUCAGAUACCCUAACUCUACAUGAGCGUCAACUCAGGGCACGCGCCAUACGGCGUCAGCUGUCAGAUAUCAAUCCAAACAGCACCAACCGCCAGGAACAGUCGUUGUUCUUCCUCAAACUGCCUGCCGAAAUUCGCUUCCUAAUUUAUCAGUUUCUACUCAGCCAGAUUUGUUACUCCGACCGCCCCUUUGACAAUCACUAUCUAUCGAGACUCGGUCGCCCAGGUCAUACUCACCAUACCAAGGUCCAUACGGCGAUACUGCUCACCUGUCGCCUCGUGUAUUACGAAGCCCAUACCAUCCCCAUGCGAAGUGCGACGCAUCAUCCUCAGUAUCCGGAUUACGCUGACUGGCUGAAUUAUAUGACCAAGCAGCAAGGCGUAGAUGCGUACCAUUUGCAUGAUCGUCCAUUCUCUGUGGAUCAACACAGUUUUACACGGUUCUUCCAACCGCAUCUGCACUGGAAGAGAAUUACCUGGUCCCUAUGCAAACGAGAUUGGCCUGCCGCAUUUUCAGGAGACUAUAAAAUGAUUGACGAAUUGACCGAGACGCUCGCUGCCAUUGAAUUGCCAGCCUCCUGUCAAGAAGUCAACGUGGAGUUCGAUUUUGGAGGAGAAGUACCCGAGUCUCGCCAACUCCAGGCCAGGCUCUGUGAGAAGCUUGGAUUUGGAUCCGCUGAGCUUUCAAACGAGCAAAAGAGUAUCGCUCAGCCUGGAGAUAGUCGACAGUCUGCGGGCCUAGAAAGGACCGAUGGAUCAAGACUGUCAUUCGAUGCGACACACUCAAAGCAAUAUUCAUGGAUUGGCUAUAAAACUCGUGAUUGGAGAUCGGAAGGAAAUGUCGAAUUUCGCACUAUCAGAUUGUGUUGGCGAGCCAGAGUACCAGAAAGAGGGUACAUGAGCUACGAUCAUAUGGACUGUUUAAACCUAUCCUACUGUAACAAGGUCAGAGACAUCCAAGAGGAUCGUAUGGAAGAAUGA